AUGACAAACAGUUACACAACGCACUCUUUGACGAUGUCUUUCAUUACUUCAUCUCUUCUAGCUAAUUUUUCUUUGCUUAUUAUUAUUCGAUCAGUUAUUCUACAAGAAAAAUUGCUCAAUGAUAAUCCAGUAAAUUGGCUUCAUGAUUUUGUUCGACGCGGAAAAGGUUCUGUUUCCAAGUUACCAUUUGAUGAAAUAUUCAUCGAUCAGUUAAAUGGCGAUACAAGUAGCAUUUCAACAAAUACUUUAACUGAAAUGUCUGGAGAGAAUGCAAAUGUUGUAAAAAUUGGUGGUGAUUUUAAUAUGACAACCAAUAGUGCUUCAAAAGUUAUUCCAAUUUCUUCUGUUGUACCUAUAAUAAAAAUGAAAUCACAAACAGCGUUAUCAGCUACAACAAUGACCUCAUCAAUAACACCAACAUUCAUACCGGAAUUAGUAACAGCCGAAACAGGAACAUAUUUCCGGCAAUUUGGAAAUGCUACCCAACAAACUCAAGUUGAUUUCAAACGACUUGCAUCGCUAUUACAACAAAUGAUUGAUAAACGAAAAGCAAAGAAAAGUUAUAUUACAAAGGAGGAGGAAAUGAAGCAAAAUGUUAAGCUUAAGAAUGAUUCACUAGCCGGAGAAACAAUUCAUUCAUCUUUUCAACAAAAUACAUUCAGUGUAUCGGAUCUGAAACCUAUUGAGAUUCGUUAUCAUCAUUUGAAUCCGGAUUCGAAACCAAAAAACAGUUAUGCCAUUUCUAAAAAUUUGGAAAUAAAAGAUGCAAAAAAGAUAUCUGAAAAUGGCAAUUCUAUUGGAGAAAAUGAAGCAUUGAAAAGAAGUAGUCGAUAUCCUAAUGAAAUAUUGGCAUCAAUUUUUAUAACUAAGCAUAAAAAGGUGAACGAUGAUAUGGCAUUAUCAAAAAUUGCAUUACCAACAUCUGAAAUGCAUACCAAUGAGAAUCCGAUGAUUUAUAUUAUCAGACAAGGUUCCAUUGUACAGAACAAUGGAAAUGGUUACGAAUUUGUGUCCACAAUUACACUUGUUGUUGAUAAUGGAGAAAAGAUUCUGAUAGACACUGGGCUCUCUACUGAUAUCAACGAGCGCACUUGGAUAUUGCAAAGAUUAAGUGAACUUGGUGCUCCACCACCAUCUAUCAAUCAUGUAAUCACAACUCAUGGGCAUCCUGAUCAUUCGGGUAACACUAAUCAUUUCCCGGAUGCACUUCAUUAUGCUGGGAGAUUUGUGCAUCUUGGAACGCACUCCUACUUUUCACGAAUUUUCGAGACUGAUGUUGAAAAAUUAACGGAAAAUGUUUAUUUAUUGAAAACACCAGGUCAUACAUCUGAUGACAUCUCUGUUCUCAUAAAUAACACUAGUUUUUUUGGCACCGUCAUUGUUUCCGGUGAUAUAUUUAUACAAAAGGAAGAUAUGAAAGAUUCAAGAAUAUGGAAACAGUUAGCAACAAAUGAAAUACAACAAGAAGAAUCAAGAAGACGAUUACUUUGCUUAGCUGAUUGUAUCAUUCCAGGACAUGGGUCAUUAUUUCGGGUAAAAAGUAGCAUGAAACGAAUGCUAAAUUGCCCUGAUAGCUAUUGA